CACCAUGUUUCGGCGCCCUGUCCAAUGGGGAAGCUGAAGGGGGAUCUCCGCCCAAUGGAAAGCCCGGUCAGCCGCCCAAUGAGGAGGGGGUCCGGCUUCGCCGCCCGGCCAAUGGCGAGGUGGCUCAAUCUGUGGGCGGGGCUGUGAGCGGUGGCGGUGGUAAGAUGGCGGAGCAGCGCGCCGGGCGAAAGGGGAGCGGAGACGCUGAGUCUGAGCGACGAGAUCAUUGCACUCAAGAUAUGUUUGGAAAGAAAAGGGACCAAGCAGGAAGCCAAAACAAAUCCAUGGCGGAAGAUAAAUCACUUGGCUAUCAACAGUUAAGAAGCCAGCAAAACUGUUUUACCCAGGAUCUGGAUGAUGAGGAUGGUGAAAAUAUGAAUCCUACAACGAAGGCGUGUAAGUUGCUCUUUCUGGGCACCACAGGUUCAUGCAGCACUGACGUAAAAGAGAACCGUAAUCUGGAGAACAUCUCUGUUAAAGAAGGCACUCAAGCUCCGGGUGAGGCACAGCUUUCAAAUGGCAGCAAUUCCUCCAUUAACAGAAAACGGCCACUGGAAGAGGGAAAUAAUGGUCACUCUCAUCCUAAGUUUCGUGCCAAGAAGAGGAAGAAAACGCCUGGCCCCAUUCUACCAAAGAACGCAUUAAUGCAAUUAAAUGAAAUUAAACCUGGCCUCCAGUACAAACUCUUAUCUCAAUCUGGCCCUGUCCAUGCUCCUGUUUUUAUCAUGGCUGUGGAAGUCAAUGGACAAAGCUUUGAAGGAUCUGGGUCCACCAAGAAAAAGGCCAAGUUGCAUGUAGCAGAGAAAGCCUUGAGGUCAUUUGUUCAGUUUCCAAAUGCCUCUGAGGCCCACUUGGCAAUGGGUCGAAUGCUGCAUGUUAAUACGGAUUUUACAUCAGAUCAUUCUGACUUUCCAGAUACUCUUUUUAAUGGAUUUGAAACCCCAGUACAAGGAGAUGAUCCUUAUCUCUUGGGCUCCAAUGGAGAUGGUCCUUUCAGUUCAGGUGACUCUAACUCUUUUGGCGUCUCAUGUGGUGUUGAAGGCAGUAGUAUAGGUCAGUCAACACUGAUGGCUCCAUCUCCUUUUGCAAUGACCAGUGGUAAGAACCCAGUAAUGAUCCUGAAUGAACUGCGCCCAGGACUCAAAUAUGAGUUUAUUUCGGAGAGUGGAGAAAGCCAUGCAAAGAAUUUCAUCAUGGCAGUAACUGUAGAUGGUCGAACCUUUGAAGGGUCCGGGAGGAAUAAGAAGUUGGCAAAGGCUCGUGCUGCUCAAGGAGCUCUUCAGACUCUGUUUAACAUGCAACUGGAUUCAACACCAUCACGGCAACCCAUUCCCAGUGAAGGUCUUCAGCUUCACCUGCCUCAGGUAUUGGCAGAUGCAGUGGCUCGAUUAGUGGUGGAUAAAUUCAGUGAACUAACCGACAACUUCACCUCCCCUCAUGCACGGAGGAAAGUUCUUGCUGGUGUUGUCAUGACAACAGGAUCUGAUGUCAAAGAUGCCCAGGUGAUAUGUGUCGCCACAGGAACUAAAUGCAUCAAUGGCGAGUAUAUGAGUGACCGAGGCUUGGCUCUGAAUGAUUGUCAUGCUGAAAUUGUUGCACGCAGAUCCCUGAUCCGGUUUCUCUAUUCCCAAAUGGAGUACCAUUUAAGUAACAAGACAGAAGACCACUACAAAUCCAUCUUUGUUAAGUGUGAUGGAGGAGGCUUCAAACUUAAUGAGAAUGUGCAGUUUCACUUGUACAUCAGUACGUCACCAUGUGGAGACGCUCGCAUCUUCUCACCACAUGAGGCAGCAGUAGAAGAUCAGGGAGACAAGCACCCAAAUCGGAAGGCACGAGGUCAACUAAGGACAAAAAUAGAGUCUGGCGAAGGGACGAUUCCAGUUAGAUCCAGCAGCACUAUUCAGACAUGGGAUGGAGUGUUGCAGGGCGAACGAUUGCUCACAAUGUCAUGUAGUGAUAAAAUAGCAAGGUGGAAUGUCCUUGGGGUUCAGGGAGCUCUACUAAGCCACUUUAUGGAGCCUGUCUAUUUUGCCAGCAUCAUCCUCGGUAGUUUGUACCAUGCUGACCACUUGUCUCGAGCAGUCUACCAGAGAAUCAGUGAAAUUGAAGAUCUCCCAAGCAUUUAUAUUCUCAACAGGCCUUUACUUAGUGGUAUUAGCAACACUGAAUCACGCCAACCAGGCAAGGCACCAAAUUUCAGUGUCAAUUGGGUUGUGGAUGACUCAGGCCUGGAAGUUAUUAAUGCCAUGACAGGGAAAGAUGAUAUGGGACGCCCUUCUCGACUUUGUAAACAUGUUCUGCAUAGUCGUUGGUUACGCCUGCAUGGAAAGUUGCCCUUCUUAAAUCGAUCCAAACAAGAGAAGUUCACUUCGUAUUAUGAAGCAAAACAGGCCGCCACCGAAUAUCAAACUGCGAAGGAGUCCCUGAUCAAAGAGUUCCAAAGGAGUGGAUUAGGCAUGUGGGUGAAAAAACCCAUUGAACAAGAUCAAUUCAGUCUCUCUGGCUGAGCCCAUGUUGGGACUUUUCAGGACGCAAAGCUGCUGGAAUUCCAUGUGUCAGAUGUAUUUAUUAACUUGUAACUUUAAACUAAUUUUUUUUAAUUUCCUUUUUUAAAUAAUAAAACGUGUCCCUUUUCUUGGCUAUCAGCUAGGUUUUUAAAAUAGCACAAAAAGCAAUGUACACAAUGCUUGUUUUAAUUGGCCUCUUAACCAGAAGAUAAUGUCAGUAAUUGGAGCCAUAAUUGAAUUGUGCAUCAUUGGCCAUAUUUAUUAACAUGUUGAUUUAAAAUUUAGUAUAAAUUUCCAAAAGAACAGCUUUGAGUUCUGUUUCUGAAAGUACUAUACACCUGUACAGUUGUCAUAACUUUUAAUCUUUAGAACUAGUCUUUAUAGGGACAUGGUUUUACAAUUUAGCAGUUCUGGCAGGGAACAUGUUGAGAAGGGAUCAGCCUGUAUUUCAAAUUCAGAAGGAAAGGACAUGUCCCAGAUUCAUGGUUCAUGCAAUACUUUUGAUGGACGAAAGAUCAAUUAGACAACAAUAUGGGGGAAGUUCUGACCUGUGUGCUUGAAUUCCUGUGAUCCCCUCAUAAUUCAUGAAGCUCUGUACCAUGAGCUUUAAAUUAUACAGUUUGUCCCUGUAUGUGUUCUCAGGACAAACAUUUUCCGUUCUGAAAAUGGGCAAAACCAUUGAGAACUGUGAAUUAAAAGAUGUCAUUGUAACUCUUGUAAAGAUCCUGAGAAGGGGAAAAUAUUUGCAAAUUAUAUUUAGUUACAAUUUUGGAAACAUGACAUACAAGCCCCCGAAGUAAUCGGAACCGUUACAGGCAAGUAAAUACACAUUUAUUUAGCAGUUCAGGAUCUCCAUUUUUUUUUUUGACAGCUGCUGUUUGUAUUUGCAAAAAGCCUCCAGUGCAGCAAUUCAAAUGCGGUAUGUUUUCUUUGAGAUCAGGUCGUAAGCUUAACUUAAAGGCAGACUCCAGUGAUAUCAACGGUUCUUGUUGGUUUUCAUACUUUUUCUUUCAAGGUGAAGCAAUUAAUUCAGCUGAUUAGUGCUGAAUCUUCUCCUGUAAAUGUCCAGGCAGAUUCAGCAUUGAUCUGUGUCAGUCCUUUCACUAGGUGUGGCUGUAGCAUUCCAAGAGUUCAGCUUCACAAAUCAAAGCCCAAAAAAUAUAUUUUAAAAUGUGAUGAAGCAUUGCAAUACAUUUUGGUAAAUUUUAAAUUGCAGCCCAGCCUAGCCAUAAAAGGGAUGCUAUCUGUCCAUAUGUGUGCCUGCUGCUUUUCCUUGUUCUUUCUUCAUGCACGACUAUUGACGUGUUAUUUCUUUGUUGUGUAAACUGGAAUAGCAUAUGCUUUGAUAAAAAUGUUCCUUAUAUUAAACCUUUGCAACUGAAUGAAGGCAGCUGCAAGUGUGAAGGUCACAGUGCAACAGUCAGUUGUGUUCUCUUUACAGGGUUGCCUCAUCUGUCACAAAUAACAAGACUUGGAAGCUAACAGAGAUUGUAACACUUGAAAACUUGAAGUGCAAGUGUGUUAACAGCAAUCGUUUGAAACUUCUUAGCUUUUCUUUUAAACUGGUAGCUUACUAAUUGUAACCAGUAGUUAAAUUGGUUAUUUCACAUCAUGAUUCUGGCUUUAAAACCGAAGCAGAAAAGCAUGCUGACUUGUGAAGAUGGCUUUCACUGUUAAGUGAUCAAAACAGGAGAUACUUAAUCUAGCACCAGAUUAGAAGACUGAAAUAAUGUAGAUUUACAGGUCUGAGAGAAUUCUUGAGGUUGGGCCAAUUACUUAUGAGUGCAAUUAGUAUGGGUGGCUGGUAUAUUCACUUUUGACAGUACUCACUCAAAGUCAGUGUGCCCUUUAACCUCAUUUGUUACUAGUUACAUGAUCUACUAUGUAUACAUCUGUUUGUAUUUUUUCUCCAAUCUGAGCCUUUGCUUAAAUGAAAGCAUAGCUGCUGUCAAUGCUGCCAUCAUGAUCAUUUUGGAGUGAGCAGAACCAAGUCUGGUCACUCUGGCAUAACAAGCGUAAGUUAUUCAACCUAUUUAAGGUUAGAUAUUCUGGAACCAUUUUAUUAGAGACAGGGUUAUGCUUUACCAUGUCUAUUUAUAAAAUAUACAUGCACAUUAAUUCUGUGUUAGUUACUGCUUUGAGAAAACUCUUUGAUCGAUCAGAAUUGUUAAUCUUGCGAAACAAAAGUUUAACAGUAUCGAGUCAGUUUUUUUUUGCUUAAUUGUAUUCUUAAAAUGAUGAGGGUUACUUUUUAAAAUGAAUAAGUUAUGUGCUUAAGGUUCAUCUGUACAGAGUAUAUUUUUGCAUAGCUACUGUUUUUUUUGUAGUUUUUUUUAUCAUGAGAAUGUGUGUCCUGAAUCCCAGAAAAUUGACAGCUUUGCCUAACUUCUUGUGUGGAUGUGGUGAGCAAACUUGAUAUUCCAUAAUAUUCCUGCUAUCUCAAUAAGCAUAACAAAGCCAGUAUUGGUAAUCGAACAGCAAGAUGUUGCACUGUGGGUUCUUACCCCUUUAUAUGUCUCUACAACUUUUCCUUCUGUUCUUUAGUUCCGAAAAGGCAUUUUGGAGGAAGAAGUGCUGCAAGCUAGCAAGUAAUAAUGCUUUUGGGCAUAGAGAAUUCAAUAUGCACCCGACUAAUUUUAUAGUCCUCAAUACACUUGAUAGUUUAGAUCUUGGACCAAAUUUAAUUUAAUGUUUUAAUGAAAUUUGAGCUUACAUUCUCAUUUUCCAAAGCAGACCAACAAUUCAGCCUAUAGUCAGCUGGUGAAUCUGAUUCUUUCAGAAUCCUUGAGUAGGCUGAUGAUGAUCUCCAAAUGAGAUCUUUUCAUACUCCCUAACCAGCUGGACCAGAGAAUGGCAAGUUUGUAGAAGCUAGGAUUUGUGUGCCAUCUUUGGAUACUGUUUGCUAUGGGUAAGUGCUCAUGGGUAAAUGAUGGGACCUAUUUGAAAGUUUCCUUUUCAGGGCAGCCCAGAAGUUUGAGAAUGUCCAAUUCAUGUUGCUUGACAGUGUGCUAUUGGUAGAUUUGCAUACAUUUUUGUCAUUCCAAGCACAAAAAAAGGAAAGAAUAUAGUUGUGAUUCCAUAUUAAGAUAGAAAAUAAGUAAUUACUGCAGAGCUUUAAAAUGUCCCAGAAUGUUGAUUUAUAUGAUGAUUAGUUUGAUAGAUGGUGUAAACAACCAUCUAAUUUUUUACAAAAAAAUCAACUGUCAACAGUCAGUUAAAUUUCAGGUAUCAGAAGUUUUAUUGUUAUGUUAAAAAUAGAGAUGGAUUUCAAACCCACACUAACUGUUGUUCUAUGCAUUGUACUGAUAAUCAGGUUCAUAUGACUUUACUUGCAGUACUACUUCAGUUCCUUGAGCUUGAAAUAGUUUCUGUUGUUUCCGCUUUUUGGAGAUUUGGAAGGAGGUAAGGAUCCAAAACUAGGGGUUAUAAAUGGAAGGUAGUCACUAAUAAAUCCAAUAGGAUUUACGCAAAGAAGAAUGAGAGUGUGAAACUUGAUACCACACUGAGUUGUUGAAGUAAAUAAGAUAAAUGCAUUUGAGGAGAACCUAGAUAAGUCUAUAAGGGAGAUAGGAAUCGAAGGUUAUGCUGAUGGAAUUAGAUGAAGUUGUGUGGAGCAUAAACCCUGGCUAGCACCUAUUUAGCUGAAUGACCUGUUUCUGUGAUGUAAAUUCCAUGUAAUUUAACGUAAUUAACUAGAAUAUUUAUCCCAGUUGUAGAGAACUGUACUGUAAUAUUGUCUUGCAUAAUGAUAGAUCUGAUAUCCCAUGCUGAACUCUGUUGGUAUCAUCAGUAAAAUGCUAUGUCACAGUCAUCCUGUCCAGACUGAGACACCUCAUUGUCAACAAUGUAAAUUCUGUCUGCACAGUGCAAGUACUGUAUAUUGUCCAGUACCUUGUGUUGAGACCUUUCCAUGUCGUGGGACAUAGGAAGGGACUGUAUUAUUGCCUCUCAAGGGAAUCUAGUCAUAAUGUUCCCUUCUCUACAUUCAUUUUUGUGACCUUCUUAAUUUUAUAAGGAAUGAAUGCUGAAACAAACUUUCAUUGUCUUCUGUAAUGUAAUUUUGUACUCAGCCAUUGGAAACACUUCAAUGAAUACAAUAUUUAUUUAAUUCAUCUUGUACUUAAAUCAGUGCCAUCAAGAUGUCAAAUUUCAUAAUGGAUAAUGAUAUUCCAACAUCAAGCAAAAAUAUAAAAUAAAAUUUAACACUUAGCUCAAAAGGAUUUUUCUUUCAAACGUUGUAAGUGUUCAAGCUGCAGCAAGGUGCAAUUGAUAACAAGUUGGCUGUUGGAUAUAAUGACUACAGAGAUGUUGCUUUUAGUGAUUGGUUAUUUUGGUUUGUUUAUUUUGGAUUGGGAAGGAUCAUGCUGAAAUUCUCCCUUUUUACACGUUGUAUAACAUAGUUCGUAGUACUUUUCCAACGUUUAUCAGUUCACCAAUUUGGCACUUGAAUAAACACAAACUUGCAAAUUUCUUGACAUAUUCUGCUGCCAGAUAUCUACAGUUUUCAAUCAGUUGUUCACUAGCAACAGUACAAUCAAUUAUUGGCUAAACCAUAAACGUAUUGCAAUAGCAGUGAAGGUCAUCACUAGUGAUGAAGAGACAACAUUUUAACCCACAGUUAAAUUCAGCUACUUUGAUAGAAUAAUCUACCAUAUGAUCAAGUAUAACAAUGCAAAGGAAAAGUCUGCUGUUAUCACGCAAAAUUAGGAGAUGUUAGUACACUGUAAAGGCAGCAAGCAGGUUGUUUUGGAGACUAUGACUUAUAACUUAAGUAUGAUGUUCAUAAAUAAGCAAACUUUACUAAACGUAGGUAGUAUUUUCACUGCUAUUAAAAAUGUUGAAACAAAAAUAAUUAUCUUUGAUCUAAUUCCAGAGAAGCAUUGCUGAUCCAUAGAACAUUAAAUCAUUAUAUAGACCAUGUCAAAAAAAACUUUAAAUUUUUCUUUUUGAAACUAACUUGGCGUUGAGAAACUUGAAAUGACAAUAACUAAAUUCAGGUGACUUAGUAUUCAGUAUUUAUAUUGUGCCUUGUUUUCUAAAGCUAGGUACAAUAUGUAUCAACAUUAAAAUUGUCAUUUCUAUCAGUAUAAACCAUUGUAUACAUUGUGAAGAAACUAAAACAGUGAAUCUGGAGUAAUUCCUUUCUGAUAUCGCUGUUGUAUACACCGAUUACUUAAAAUGUCUGUUUAUCCAUUGGUGCAAAGUUAUCUGUGCCAAUAGCAAAUUUAGUAAUCUCCAUCCUUCAGAAUAAAGACAUUAGCAUGCCAAUAAAGUAACCAACCGUUGGAAAUUUUGUUUUCUGUGAGUACGCACUUAAGUGAAAUCUUAGAAUUUAAAAAAAUUCUGGCUGAGGAACUCAUUGGCAAAAUGAUUGCAAGCUGCAGGCAUUUGAUCAAGAGUAUGUCAGUACAUGUGACAAAUCUUUGAAGGAAGUUUACUAUUUUAACCAUUGAGUAUCUCCUCUGAGUAGCUGAUCAAUUUCACAGUACCAUAAACAACAGGAUAUAAAGAAUAUCUAUCGUCACAUUGGCCUGUUUAACUCCAGAAUGGCUGAAGUGUGAUCUACAAUGAUAUAAUUUUAGCAUCCUAGUUAAUGACAGUUUUUAAUGCAGUCAGCACUAACCUAAGCAAUGCUCAACAUGGUGUCCGUUCAAGGCAUGCUUGGUGAUAUUUGGGGGAGUUUACAGGUAUCUCAGAUUAGUUUCUGCCACUCUGGUUUACCUACCUUGUAGGUAUGAUUAAUUUUAAAGCUUAAUUUUUCAUUUAUAACAGUGCUAUACCAUAUCAAAGUAUAGUCAGCAGCCUCUGUUCUUUGUAGCUUUGUAUAUGUUUAACCAAAUGGAAAUCUUCCUAUUAAUGUAAUUCUGUGCUCAACUUGUAUUGUUCAGCCAAGGUCUUCAACAGUCUCUCAAACAUUUAUUUGUGUGAGAAAGGUGCAGGGGUAAUUAAGACACAAAACUCAUUGUAGAAACAUUAGAUUCAUACAUUUUAAAAAUUUUUAAUGUUUACCACACUUUUGAAUAACCGCGAAACCAACACAUUAACAUUAAUUUUGAAUAAUUAUAUAGAAAACAUUUUUGGAGGCUUCUGAUUUAAUAUUUAUAUUCUACUUUAGGCUCACUAAUUAGCAACAACUGAAACGGUGAUUGGAAUUUAGGCUGAGAUUUAUUUUUACAGUUUUCUAUUUCAUUUGAUAGAACUUUGACAUGUAACCACACACUGAACUUGUAGUGGGCAAUAUUGACUCAGCGUUCUCCAUACAGUAUUGAAGCUGAAUCAUCUGGUGGUAAUUUUAGCAUAAUUAAUGUCAGGCGGUACUGAACGUCCAAGCUCACCUGUGAAGUAGGUAAGGGACUGUACUGAGUGCAAGUCACAGGUUUUUUUUGCAGUCGGCAAAUAACGUUUUAUGUUUGUGUGUCUCUGUGUGCAUCUUCUUUCAUCCUGUUUCUGUCUGUAUUGAUUGACGUCUGCCACCUCACUUAACCGACUUAAUUAAAUAAAUCCUUUCUUGCUCCGCAGCCUUAUGACUGUGACUAAAGGAGUACAAUGCAAAGAUUUCUGGAAUUUUCAUUAUUUUGUAAAAAAAAAGCACCAACAAAGCCACAAAUUGAAAUAGCAGUUUGGUUACAAAAUUGUUACAAUACUUUUAUUGUUUUUGAGUUUGGUUUUGUGCUGUAAAGAGCUUAAGUUCUGAGAUUAGUAAGUUUUCAACUUUGUUGAAUAAGUUUAGGGAAAGAAGAAUCUGAUGUGCAUCUCCAUCCUUGCAUUUGAGGUAUUUUAUGAAAUGAACAAAAUUAAGCAGGCACUUUUAGGGAAAUUGAACUGCGCAGCUAUAUGCAUUUUGUGAAGUUCAGAAAGCAUACAUUGCAACAAAUUAACAUUGAACUACGUGAACUAACAACAUAUUGCCUCGGUAAUUUAUAUAUAAUAAUGAUCUCUGUCUUUUAUGUUUUAUCAUGAAGCAAUUCUGCCUUUUUUUAGCUUUACAUUGUUAGUGGGCAUCGAUAGUGAGACCAAAAUCUGUUGCUCCUCUCUGAUUGCCUUUAAAUAAGUCGUGGUGUGCUGUUACUUUGAACUACUGCAGUUUAUGUGGUGUAAGUAGGCCCAUAGUGUUAUGAGGAAGGAAAUUCCAGCAUUUUGACCCAGUAGAAGUGAAUGAACAAUGAUUAUCAUUUCAUUUCAAGAUUGUGUACAGCUUGGAAUAGAACUUUCAGGCGGUGGUGUUUCCAUCAGUCUGCUGCCAUUCUUCUAGGUGUCAGAGAUCUUGAGAUUAGGAGGUUCUGUAGAAGGAGUCUAGUGAGUUACCACAGUGCAUCUUGUGUAUGGUACACUGUUGCCGCUGUUGGUGGGGGGGGGGGGAUCUAUAGGUUGGUGGAUAGGGUGCCAAUCAACCAACUUCUCUGUCCUGACUGGUUUGAGUUAUUGCGUGUUAGAACUAUACUUAUCCAGUAUUACAUCACCUUCCUGAUUCCUACUUUGUAAAUGGUGGGCAGGUUUGAGGAGUUGGGAGACGAAUUACUGACCUUUAAAUUCCUAGGUCUCUGACCUGUUCCUGCUAGCACAAUAGUUGUAUGGCUAAGUCUGGUUUGAUUUCUGGUAAACAGUAACCCCAGGUUGGUGGUGUUGGGGGAUUCCAUUUUGGUCAUGGCAUUACGUGUAACUAGUGUAACAAGAAAUGAAAUUCCGUGUUUGAACUGACAAAGGGGAAAUUAUAAUCUCUUUAGGUAGAAUGUUUACUUUGUGUAUAUCUUUUAACAAAUUCCUGAAAAGCACCAAUACCUUGCCAAUUCUUUAUAUUUCUAGGAGUUACAGUGAAGAGAGAGAGAUGGUGGAAGACAUUGCUUAGAUUAGGGAAACUUGCCAAUUGUUUUUUUUAGGAGAUUGUUCAUCUUAACAGUUCAUGGUGACAUUCCACUGUGUAAUAAACAGUUUGUACUGUAAUCACUGCAUGAGUACCAGCACUAAUACUGUACCACUUCACAUUAACAAUCCCAGCAUGAUUCUCUGUUACAUGUAGAAAUAAAAUUGAAAAAUAAAUUUACAUCUGACUUCUAA